CAAAUAAUAAACUUUUGCCACUUCUUCGACGCCGCAAAACAAAUCCCCCUAUCUUCAAGAUGGUUUCAGGACAAGGAGCUGGUACCAACCCCAUCCACAACAAGAAGCCCAAGAAGAAGGCCCAGGAACUCGAUGAGGAUGAUAUCGCCCACAAGGCCAAGCUAGCAGCUGACAAGAAGGCCCGCGAGGAUCUGGCGAAGAGCGUCGGCAAGGGCAAGGGCCCUCUCAACACCGGCUCACAAGGCAUCAAGAAGUCUGGCAAGAAAUAAGCGGUCUUGCGGGGCUGUGGGCUGCGGACGACAGACCAGGAGGCACGACGAUAUUUACAUAAGAUACCAAGGGCUUGGAGUCAUGAUCUGGAAGGGCGUUCAUAUAACUCACGAAUGAAUGCAUGCAUACAUGGGAAUGGUAGACGAUCGAGUCAGUGUCUUAGAAGCUCACUUUACAGCCAUCUACCCAACGCGUUCCUGGCCAGCGUCA